GUCGCGUGUCGCGUUCGGGAUUUGGAGGUGCGGUUCGUGCCGCCAGAGCGAGCAGCAGCAGCGCGUCGGGGAGUGCGAGUGGUCCGAGUCCGCCGGCCGGCCAGCUGAUCGCCGUCGCCGCCAACAUGUCGGCGUCGUCGAGGAUUAUCAUCGGCGGCAGCGGCCCGAUUAGCCGUGAGAUGCUAAGCGCCGGGGCCCCCGCGCUGUCCGCCGAGGCGGGGCGGCUGCGGGGGGCAUGGCGGUGGCAGUGGCGGCGUUUUGGAGCCGGCCAGGCCUGCGGCCCCUGCGGCCGCGCGAUGGGCCUAGCGACCGCAAGCCCGCGGCCUCUCGCGGCUCUGGCGGCCAUCAGUCCGCCGUCGGCCGUCACGACCGCCGUGACCAGCAGCACCAGGAGCAUGGCCACCACCAGCAGCUGCAAGCGGCAGAAAUGCCUCAACAUCGACAACAUGAACCCCUGCGUCAAGGUGAUGGAGUACGCCGUCAGAGGCCCGCUCGUCAUCCGCGCCGCCGAGAUCGAGAAGGAACUGGAGCAGGGCCAGAAGAAGCCAUUCAACUCUGUGCUGAAGGCUAAUAUUGGUGAUUGUCAUGCUAUGGGACAGGUUCCAAUCACAUUCAUCAGACAGGUAUUGGCUUUGAUAUCAUACACACCUCUCCUUGAUGAUCCCAAGUUCCCUGAGGAUGCUAAACAGCGAGCACGAGAGAUUCUUAAAGGUUGCAGAGGUGGAAGUGUUGGAUCCUACACGGACUCCCCUGGUAUUGAAUACAUCAGGAAACAUGUCGCUGAGUACAUUCAGCGUAGAGACGGCGGAGUGCCCUGCGACUGGCAAGAUGUUACGCUGUGUGCUGGUGCCUCUGAUGGAAUUAAGGCUGUCCUAAAACUUAUGAUUCAUGAAGAAAAUGGUAAAAAACCUGGUGUGAUGGUUCCUAUUCCACAAUAUCCUCUGUACUCAGCAUCGAUUGCAGAAUUUAACAUGGGCUUGGUGAGUUAUUAUCUUAAUGAAGAAAAGAACUGGGGCUUGGACGUUCAAGAACUUGAACGGUCCAUUAAUGAGGCAAGGAAAACCUACAACCCCAGGGCCAUUGUUGUCAUCAACCCUGGUAACCCCACAGGUCAAGUUUUAUCACGGGAAAAUAUUGAGGAAAUUAUCAAAUUUGCUUACAAGGAAAAUCUGUUUAUUUUUGCUGAUGAGGUGUAUCAGGAUAAUGUUUAUGCGGAAGGAAGCAAGUUCCACUCAUUUAAGAAAGUCCUUACGGAAAUGGGAGAACCUUACAGCAAGGUGGAAUUGGCCUCAUUCAUGUCAUGUUCCAAAGGCUACAUGGGUGAGUGCGGCUUGCGUGGAGGCUACUCCGAAGUUAUUAACUUGUGCCCUCAGGUUAAGGCUAUGUAUAUGAAAUCAAUCUCUGCCAUGCUUUGCCCUACUGUCCUAGGACAGGCUGUGAUGGAUUGUGUUGUGGCUCCGCCAACGGAAGGGGAUCCAUCCUAUGCUUUAUGGCGCAAGGAGAAGGAUGCUGUGCUGGCAUCAUUGAACCAGAGAGCCAAGAUGGUAGCUGACACUUUUAACAGUGUUCCUGGCAUGUCUUGCAACACUGUCCAGGGUGCCAUGUAUGCUUUCCCACAGAUUAAGCUACCACCCAAAGCUAUUGAGAAAGCUAAAGCCAAGGGCCAGGCUCCGGAUGCUUACUAUGCAUUCCAGUUGUUGGAGAAAACUGGUAUCUGUAUUGUUCCUGGAUCCGGCUUCGGUCAGAAGCCUGGCACAUAUCAUUUCAGGACCACCAUUCUUCCUAUGCCAGAUAAACUGAAGGAAAUGCUGGAAAGUUUCAAGAAGUUCCAUAUUGAAUUUGUGAAAGAAAAUCAAUAAGCUGUUAGGAAUUUAAUAUGUCUGCUUUCAAACUGGUGCAUGAAAGCACGUUAAAGUGCCUCCUUUAAAAAUGCUUAUGAUAGUGUGAUUGAAUUCAGUACAAAAAAAAGUCAUUAUAGUACAUUUUCCUCUUACCAAAACAAGGAAUGACCUCUAUUACAAGCUAGUGAUAUUUGUGUUUGUCUCUGUGUGCGACUUUGUUGGAGGCUACUUUUACCUUUUUAAUCACUGAAUGGGUACAGUAUUAUAUCAUUGGUUCCCAAAAGAAGCUGUAUUUUUUAAAGUAGUUGUGUUGCCGAUGCCUGAAUGGCUUUUUCAUUGUGAUAAUCUAAACUAUGAAAUUUUAUCACUCUCUGGGAAACCCAUGAAGAUACUCACUUUAAGUUACAUGACAAUUGCUUCAUUGACUCAUUAAAUGGUUUAGUAUGUGAUGCUGUAACAUUUUUAAGUUCAACUGUGUUUUAUUUUUUGUUUUCUUUUUGUAAUACUUUAGGAUGAUAAUCAUUUAUCUCAUCUGUGUGAUAUUCAAAAGUCAUUUUGUCCUACAAUCCAAUUAUUUUUAUUAUUAUAAUGAUUAUGUUCGUGUAGAUAUUUCUUUUCCGUCAUUUAGAAUCUUAAGACUGGUACGCUUUGCAUUGGGUAAAAAGUCUGCUCUAAGCAAAAACAUUACUUUUUUGUUGUUCUCACUUCUGUCAGCCUCCAGUAGAUCGUGUAUCAGAUAAAGCCUUCAGCUCACAGUCCACAAGGAUGUUGCCAUGUCAUCACUCUUAUAGUCAAAUAUUUCCUGGACUGGAAUGAAAGUAUUGAAUCUUUAUCUGGCCCAGAUUAAAAGUAUCUUACCUUUAGUGGGGCGAUAAAUUAAAGCAAAAACUGGAAUGCAUUUUUUGAUUAUUUUUGGUCAGUUCCAAAAGCUUAUAGGAGGACUACACUUUUUCAGCUGGUAUGGAAAAAUUGGGUGGUUACAUUAUAGUGUAUCAUCAAUGUACUGUAAGCUUAUUUUUGUUUAGUGCGGACUUCUUUUGCUGUUUAGGUGUAAGUGUUGCCCUGUAACUGUUAUGAAGUAAGAUUCUGACAAUAUUAUGCAUCUUUGCUUUCAGUUAUCUAGCUCCUUGUAUAAUCUCGUGUACAGAGUGAAAUCAUUGUGUUAAGUUGGUCUUAUUAUAUAUUUCAGCCAUCAUUCUACAUUUAUUUUUGAAUCAGGUCCUGAUUUGCCUUUCUAUAAAUAGCCUUUGUGGUGACAUUUUUAUCUUUAUUCAAGUGUAGGAUGUUCAUAAUUUAAAAUAAUAAUAAUGAACAUUUAUCAAGCAUGGCAUGGCCUCUUGAGUAGUCCUUGUUUCACUGUAACCUUUGUUUUUCUCCUGAGUUUUUUGAAGCAACGUGAGGCUCUAUUUCAUUUAAGUUUCUAUGUGAUGAGUUGUAUAUAAUGUAUAGUGCAUUUUGUAGUUCACCAUGUGAUUGCUUAUUUGAACAAAGAAAUAUGAGUAUGAUGUCGAGUGAUAUAAGUUUAAUUUUGUUGUUAACACUUCACUCCUUUUGUUAUUUCAGUUUUUGUUUUGGAAAGACCAUUUAAAAUUUGAGUUUCCUUAACUUUAGUUGAGAUUGUUAACUAUUUGUCGCAAUGCCAUAUGGACUUAAUACUAUUAAAGAUUUGGUCCUAUUUUAAUCAUCAA